UAGAGCCCAGCAGGUGGCAGCGGUCAGUAAAAGUCCAAUUAUGCCGGUGAACAAGAAGGCUGCGUUGAACAACGUGCGAUUUUUAAACCCCAGCAGCCGACAGGAGAAGAACCCUCUGAAAACAGAUCAACAACAGCCGUACAGAACAGCUUAUCUGGAACAUCAAAGCGCCAUCGCCCUUUCCUCAGAACUGUUGCCGUCUGGCUUGUUUUACGAGAUGCCGAGGCAGGCCAAAGAAGAGCAGCGGAUAAAGGUGCCUUACAAGUGCACGCGCUGCCGGAACCAUGGCUUGAUCGUCCCUUACAGAGGCCACAACUGCCCCUGCUCGACGUGCGUGUGUGAGAAAUGCUCUCGCAGCACGGAACGCACGCGACUCGGCAACCUUCAGGCCAAGCUGAAGCGGCGGGAGGCCAAGGCGCUGCAGCUACUGCAGUCGCAGGCCAAAGGCGAAGCGGAGUCCAACACUCCGAGCAAAAGCGAAGACCCGCCGUCAUCCAGUCAGAUGCGCCGGUCUCCGGUCACAUCGGGCAGAUCGCUCCUCUGCCCAUCACAAGUUUUCCCCUGCAGAUCUACAGUGACCCCUGCAGCUUCCCUCCGUCUCACAACAUCACAGUCAACAUGCCGUGGUCGCCUCCUCCGUAUCUACCCGCCGGAGUGUACAACUACAGCCAGCGAGGGGCUCAGCCCUUCGCCCCUAACUUCCACCCACUUUGAUGACUCUGAGUGGAAUUUGAAAUGGUGGAGUAGAUCGAUGAACCUUGUUCCUUUCCACUGUUGCCAAGCUGCGGACGUCGCAAUAUGCACUCAUAAAAACUCCAAAGGAAAUGAUCUGAAGUAGCUCAAGAGAGGUAGCAAAUCUACUCAGAGACUCUGGUGCACGACUAAGCUUCUCGCCUCUUCCUGGAGACUCCUGUCAUGACCCGAAGUUCAAGACCUAGCUGAGGUUUUGGAGGUUGAGGUGGUGAGCAGCAGCAGGCUUCCUCACAUCGCAGCUGCUGUGAAGGUGACAGGAUGAUGAAGUAUGGGGUGAUGAAGUAGACCCAUGUGACAAAGAGACCUUCCCUCAUCCCCUCCAGGAUCAGGACCUCAGUGACAUCUUCUAGAGUUCCCCGUACCGUUUUCUGGACGAGCUUUAACAGUAGUUUGCUGCUAAGUACCUCUGAAAACAUGACGUUGGUUGUCAAUACAAGUUCCAAAACUUGUUGCAUCACUCGAUGUUGCCACCACAGCAAUUCUUGUGAAACGUCUUGCAAGAGGGUCAAUAAAUCUCCGACUCAGCAUCAGUCCCGUCUGCAUUAACACCUGAUGCUUAAGUCCAUGUGAUGAACUGAUCCAUUUGCUGUGGGGUUUUAAAAAUGAUUUCUUCACGUGUUUGGACCAGAAUCAUCCAGUCUGAAGGUCAUACCCUGAAGAAUGCUGGUCACCAAGUGCUUUACAAGGUGAAACAAACAAGAACAUGGAACUGAUCUCGGACCUCCUCUGGUGAGAUGUUCAGGAGUCAAGGUGACCUGUCAGAAUUGAGUCUCGACCUGAGGCUCCUGGCUGGCUUGCAGGGGGUCAACAUUUCUACAAUGUAGUAGCUUUUAAAGUUGUCAAUACAAUCUCAAUGUCCAUUCUAGAGCUAGUGGGAAGCCCUGUUUCUGAGUUCUGGACCUGCUGGAGGUGUGAUAGAUGUUUCAUGUUGAUGCCAGUGAGGUUUACCACAUGAAUGUUUUUUUUUUGUCGUCUUGAGAGACUGUGGCUUUGAUAUUAGAGAUCAUUUUAAACUGAAUGAAACUGGACUGUUUUAAAGUGAGGGUGAAAUGAAAGUGAAGAGUCACAUCGGACACUGUUUUUGAAGAAGGCGCUGCGGCAGCUAUCAGGAGACUUUGGUGAGGGACGGACUAAUGUUUCUAUUUUUGACUGGUUCAGCUGAAGGACAUGAGCCAUCCAACACCAUGAGAUUUUUUUUAUAGCCAGAUAAAUGCGUGCGUAGCAGUGGAAAGAUACAUGGUGAUGCUGGACGAUUUGACCAGGAAGUGGCUUGUAGAUCGAAAACAGAAUGGGACCUAAAACAGAGCCUUGGGGAACACAAGAGGAGAUAAAGUUCCCUGGGAACUGAAGCUGUCUGGUCUAAAAGACAUGACUGAAACUAGACUGGACUGAAAUAAAUGUGAUCUUAUUUCAUUAAACUGUCUGCGUUUUCAGCGCUCAGUAGGGGGCGCUCUCUGUUCAAAAAGGAGUGCUAUAGCUUAACACUGUUUCUCUGCAACAAUAAAUAGAAAUGAA